CAACAAGUCACCUCUGCACAAAACCUUAAACCCUAUUGAUCAGAGCGUAGCUAAGAAGAAAUAAUAUCAAAAAGAUGAGAGGACCACGUGGCGGCGAGAGCUUCAGAGGAAGGGGCGGAAGAGAUGGCGGCAGACGCGGAGGUGGUGGUGGACGUUUUGGUGGAGGCAAUCGUGGAGGUGGUCGCUUUGGUGGUGGUUCGCGUGACGAAGGACCUCCCAGCCAAGUCGUUGAAGUUGCAACUUUUCUUCAUGCUUGUGAGGGUGAGGCUGUGACCAAGCUUUGUCAAGAGAAAAUCCCUCGCUUUAAUGCCCCAAUCUACCUACAAAACAAGACUAAGAUUGGCAACGUUGAUGAGAUCUUUGGUCCCAUGAAUGAAUCUUUGUUUUCUAUCAAGAUGAUGGAAGGUAUUGUAGCUACCUCAUAUGCCGAAGGGGAUAAGUUCUACAUCGACCCUUUUAUGCUUUUUCCUCUAUCAAAAUUCCUUCCUCAACCCAAGGGACAAUCUACAGGAGUUCGUGGGAGAGGCAGAGGUGCUCCUAGGGGACGUGGAGGAUUCUCCUCCAGAGGUCCUCCUAGGGGCCGUGGAGGAUUCUCCACCAACAGAGGUCCUCCUAGAGGCCGUGAAGGAUUCCCCAGAAGCCGAGGGAGAGGAUACUAAUCUUUAUAUUAUAGCCUUAGCAUAGUACCUGUUUUCGAGUUCCUGGUUUUUGAUGCUUUUGGUUUUAUCAACUGAGUAGUAAAAUGUUGAUCAGUUAUCAGAGAGUUCCAUGGUUUUGUUACAUACUCUGGUUAUAAAAUAGAUCUUUCAACUUA